AUGGAUCUGGAAAUAAUACUACUGGCAGUGUUGACCAUCAUUAGCCAUUAUGCCAUUGGCGAAAAGUAUGAGAUGUUGGUUGUGGAUGAGGAUAUAUUCACCAGUUGUCGUGAUUCUGAUCCCGGCACACUUGACAUACAUGGCAUGUUCGAUCUUUCGAACCUCUCAACUUCUAUGGAUGCUGACGGUGUAACCGUAGAUGGAAACUCUACUCUGAAAUGGGACAUUCAACUGAAGGAUCGCGUACAGAUGAACGUGCAGAUUUUCUAUUUGGACAGAGGAACCUGGACUCCCACAGUAUUCUCAAUCGCUUCUAGGGAUUUCUGCAAAGUUAUGUACGACAAAAAUCAGUAUUGGUACUCAUAUUGGACGGAGUACAUUACAAAUGAUAUCAAGGAUAAAUGUUUAAAUGUUCCCGGGACACAAUUUAUUCACAGGACCUUUGUGCUAAAUUUAACCGCCAGCGCAACGGGCACAUUACCCGAAGGACGCUACAAGGCCCAAAUCAUAUUCAGAGCCUACGAUUCCUCCGGAACCGAGAGGCCAACUCGCAUUUGCAUGGAAAUUCAGGGGGAUCUGUACAAAGUCCGAAAAUCAGCGGAAGCGAAGAAAUCUCUGCCCUUUGCCUUAUGAGUGUCCAUCUUGUAAAUGCUUCAACAGU